AAUGGUUUCACUUACUUUUACUAAACACUAAAAAUAAAUACUAAUAAAAAUAUGGAACAUUUAAAAAAAGAAAUAUAGAUACUAAAAGUUGAAACAGAUGAAGUAAUUUUUAAAUGAUUUGUUAUAUGAAAUUUUAUAAAUAAUCAGUGAUCGGCGGAUUGCUACAGUCAUUCAAUGUGGACAUUUGGAUAUUAUAUAGAUUCUUCAUCUGCUGGCCUUAUCUAUUUGCAAAUUGCAUUUCCGAAGAGCUCAGUUAGUGGUAGUGGUGACUAAAGCUCCAGCCAUGGCGCAGAUCGAUCCGACUGCCACCAACAGCCCUAUCAAAAUCAUAGCCGGAGCCGACGACUUCGGCUGCAGCAUCAAGGACGCGCUGGUCGCGCAGCUCCGCUCCCUCAAGAUUGAAGUCGAAGACCUCGGAACCUCCAAAUAUUACUCCGUUGGCGAGGAAAUCGGCCGCCGCGUCAGCGAAGCCGCCAAGACCAACUCCACCAUCGAAACCCGCGGCCUGGUGGCGUGCGGCACCGGCGUCGGCGUCGCCAUAUUCGCCAACAAAUUUCCCGGAGUCUACGCCGCCACUUGCCUCACCCCGGCCGAAGCCCUAAACGCCCGAUCCAUCAACAACUGCAACGUCCUCGCCGUCUCCGGCAUGUCAACGGCGCCGGAAGUCGCCGCUGAGAUCCUCACCACUUUCCUCAACACUCCCUUCAAGUCGCCCUGCCCCGCCUCCGGCUCCAAUCCGUGGCCCGACGAGAUCCAGUCGUUCCUGGACGGAUCCGUCGAGGAGAUGGCGAAAAUCGGCGGCGAGAACACUCCUGCAGUGGAUCCGCCGUGCUUCAUAUGCUCUGUGGCGAAAUGUCGGCAGGAGAAGGAUUUCACGCCCGUGGACGUGAUGCCUGGAGGAUCGAUGAUAAUUCUGAGGGAGACGCCGACGUCAGCGAUCGUUAGGUUCAAGGCGGGCAGCGUGGAGCCGGCGCACCAUCACACGUUCGGGCACGAUUUGGUGGUGACGAAAGGGAAAAAGUGCGUGUGGAAUCUGACGAAGAAGGAGAAGUAUGAUUUGGUGGAUGGAGAUUAUCUGUUCACGCCGGCGGGGGAUGUGCACAGAGUUAAAUAUUUCGAGGAUACUGAGUUCUUCAUCAAGUGGGAUGGCCAUUGGGACUUGUUUCUCGAUGAAGAUCUUGCUGCUGCAAAUGCCGCAAUUGAUGCUCAGAUCAAAAUUUGAGUAUCAAGAUCUUGUGCCUCCAUUUUCAUAAAUAAAAUAAAAUGAAUUUUAUCA